AUGCACUAUGUUUCAACUUGCAAUGAUAAAAAUGAUUUGAAUCAUGAUGACGAAAAUGAUGAAACGAAAAACAUUAAUGAAGCAAACUGUGACAAAAAACCAAAUAGGCAUAUUAAAAUAUUUUUUAAGAACUCACAACAACAAAUAUUAUCAGUUUACAAAUGCAUUUUGUUGAAUAAGAAAAAGGAGCUUUUACUGAAUGAUAAUCUUGUAGAUAUAUUUAAUAAUCGUAUAAUAAAUCCACAAAAAUGGAUGAUAGUCAUGCUAAGUGGUGGACAUUUUGCUGCAGCUAUUUUUGACCACAAUAAUAUUGUGUGUCACAAAACAUUUCAUUCAUAUACUGUUCGUUCAAAGCAAGGUAACAUUCAGUCGAUUAGAGAUAAUAAAAGUGGCCAUCAUCACAAAAGUGCAGGAGCAAGUUUAAGACGUUACAAUGAACAGUCAUUAGCUCAGCAUGUACGGAAAAUAAUUAUAGACUGGGCGGACAUAAUAAAAAAAUGUAAUUUAAUAUUCUUCAGAGCCGUAGGACCCAGUAAUAGAAGUGUUUUGUUUGGAGGUAAAAAUCCUCCAAUUCUUAAAAGUGAUGAUCGUCUAAGAAAUAUUCCAAUUCCAACUAAAAGGCCAACGUUUAAUGAAACAAAAAGAGUCUAUGAUUUACUUUCAACCAUUGAAAUUUAUGCUUCCGAUGAUGAAUUUAAAAACAGAAUUAGUAAAUUAUUUUCUAAAAAAAUUAAUGAUUCACCUAAACCGACAAAAAAACCUAGACUGUUUCAUUCAAAAAUCAUGGCAGGAAAUCAAAUGGAAAAAAGUAAAAAAAUCGAUAAUAUCAUUAAUGAACCUGAAAGCGCAGAGACGACAGAUGGUUCUCUUGAAUUGAAUGAUGAAAUAGAUCUUUCAUGGAGUGAUUGUCAAAUAAGUUUUGACCAUCUUCGAGAAUAUGAAGAUACUGUUCCACAAAAUAAAAAAAAAAACUCAAAACAAUCGAAAUCAUCAUCAAAAGAAAAGAACCAAAAAACAUCGACUCUAAACAAAAAUUUGAACAAAAUUGAAACGUUAGAAGAAAAAUAUGAAAAUAUAAAAAAAAAAUUAAUUAAUUAUUGCAAUGAAAAAAAUAAAAAGUGUUUUAUUACAACUUUAAAAGACUUGAAUAGAUUAUGUGAAAAAAAUUCUGAGAAAAACAAUUCCAGUCAAAAAUCUGAUGAAAACGUUUCCAGACAGGAGUUUUUAAAAUUAUUAAAUACAAGUGUAAUUAAAAAAAGUGAUGAUACUCUUUUGCAUUUGGCUGCUCAAAGAUGUCUUCCUGAAUUGGUUGUAGCUUUACUAGAAAUAGGGGUUGAUCCAAAUGUAAAAAAUGCUAGUUUUAAAGCACCAUUUGAUGUAGCAGGGGAUGAGUUGACGAAAAAUUCAUUUAAAGGUUUUAUUGGUCCUGUUAAUAGUGAAUCAAACGAGGUCGAGGAUACAACUUCAAACGAAAUUCAGAUUGACGCAGAUUCAAAUAAAACCAGUCAUGCAAAAGAACAAGAACAAUUAAAGAAAGUGUUACCAGAAAAAUGUUCUUUGUCUACAUCCAUAGAAUUAACUAAAGACCCAUCAUCAUCAUCAUCAUCAUCAUCGCUUAAAAAAUGCAAUGAAUGUGGUUUAGAUUUAAGCAAAAUGAUACCCUUUGAAUAUUCAUCUUACAAAUUUUGUUCCAUUUCUUGUUUAAAAAAUCAUAGAGCGAAAACAGGGAAUUACGGUUUAAAAUUAUAA